GUCCGUCUUUGCGCAGUCUGUCGUCUGGUGUGCAGUGUCCACGCAGAGUCAGGUCACCCUGUCGACGGCGUUAACAAUAAUAGCCAAUUAAUUAGUCAGGAUGAACGUCGUCGCCAAGUCGUCGCCUUUCUUCAAGGCCACCCUCAACGUGAUCAAUGUCGGCGCCAAGGAGGUCAAUCAUCAAGGUGGCAAGCUCCAUCGCAAGAAGAUCAUCGUCGCCAGCCCAGUGAGGCGUACUCUGGGAUGCAGUCUGGCCAAGGAUUUGCUCAAUGGUCCCGUGGCCAUAAGUUCGACAAUCGGAGUGAACUCCAAAGUGUCGCAGCAAAUCAGGCUAGCACAUACAGACAUUCGCAUCCCAGAUUUUGAUGAUUACCGCAGGCCAUCUGUCAAAAGUCCAUAUGCCAAAAGCAAGGAAUCAGCACCUGGCCGUCAGUCAGUAUCAUAUAUAACUGCAUUAGGUACUAGUGUUGUUGGUCUAUACACCGCAAAGGCUUUCGUAACUGACUUACUUUCAACGAUGUCUGCAUCCGCUGAUGUAUUGGCUAUGGCUAAAAUUGAAGUUAAGCUUGAUUCUAUCCCAGAGGGAAAGAGCGCAGUUUUCAAAUGGAGAGGAAAGCCACUUUUCAUUCGUCACAGAACGGCUACCGAAAUCGAGAGAGAAGCCGCAGUUGACGUUGGAUCUCUCAGAGACCCAGAAGCUGACUCUGUCAGAGUAAAGAACCCAGAAUGGUUGAUCGUUAUCGGUGUCUGCACACAUUUGGGCUGCGUACCAAUCGCUAAUGCCGGCGAGUUCGGCGGUUACUAUUGCCCGUGCCACGGUUCCCAUUACGACGCCAGUGGCAGAAUCAGGAAAGGACCGGCUCCUCUCAACUUGGAGGUACCCCAGUACGAGUUCCAAGAUGACUUGGUCGUAGUAGGCUAAACGUUUUACUUGCUUCUCGAGUCUUAGAAAAAUUUAUGAUUGGCAAUAUACAUUUUUUUUACAAAAAUCUUUUUUGUGAAGACAAGUUUUUGUUUGAAACAUUUACGAUUACGAAAAAUGAAAAAAAAAACAACAACAACAAAUUUUAACAGUUAGUAAAGAAUCAUGUACAACAACGCAUUCUCGUCGAUCGAAAAGCGAAUGUUAUCGACUGUCAACAUAAAGUUACAUAUAACGCUGUACAGUCUAUAGAAUAAAUAUUUGAAGAUUUUCAAAAAGAAUAAAAAAAAAAGAUUAUUGUCACUUUA